AUGAACAUCAAGAAACAUCUGGAUAAAGGACAACCACAAGGGCUCAAGCUGUGCACGGCCAUCGAGGCUGCCGGCGACCUCGACGGCGGGCUGGCCGUGAUCUUGAGCGCCAGAUGCACCGCCACCUCCACCUGGCACCAGCUCAUCCACACCGUCCGCAAACUUCUGACCAAGACGGAUAAGCAUUUGGUCAACGGAUAA